AUGGCGGAGCAUUUGUUCUUUCCUGACGAACCCCCAAAGCCCCUUCGGAUUAAGUACAACGGUUUGCUAUACGAUGGAGGCAAUUGGGAUCAGUUCCCGACUCGCUGUGGCUGGAAAUUAGGUGAAAGAUUCCCUCCAGGCAGAGCCCCGCAGGGAUUCCACUCUCAAAUAGAAUGCUGGCUCUACUUUGGCAUGCUCCACUACGUGUUCGGGGACCAGCUGGACCAGUCCGACUUUCUCCUGCGUAGGGAAGAAGACCCUCAGCAGUACCUAACGACAAAGCAUCUCGAUAAAUAUGUCAGCAACGCCAAGGAAUGGAAGAAAAGGAAACUUGGCGAGCGAGCCGUUGACAUUGUCAAGAAAGUCUGCGAGCAACUUACCGAAUACGGCCCUUUUUAUGUGCGGGAUGAUAUGGCAUUGGCCAUUCGGCUGGUUUGCUAUGUUCUUUGGAAUAUUGCAGUCAAGCGAGACGGUCCUCAGACCCAGACCCCCCGUGUUCGGCUAUGGAUGUUCACCGGAGAAUCUGACUGUAAGCGAAUGGUCGCGGAGGGAUGGUGCCCCUUGGAGGCAGAAAAAUGUCGCGUCGCGGGUGGUGGAGUGGACACCCCGGCGUAUCUGCUUCAGUUAAUGCGUGUCAAGGCGGACUGGAAUACAAUAACGCAUGAGCGCUGCAAGAAGACGGAAUGUGUGGCGAACAAUGUCGAGGAGAGCGACUAUGUCACUCGACAUGUACAAGAAGAUUGCACUUGUUCGCACCUUCAGGCCAAUGUCGAGCAGCUGCAAACAAUUCUCCUAGAUGGAGGGGUUCCCCUCUUGAUGCUCACGCCUGGUGACGAGGACGAGCUCGGCAACCAGAAUAUCAAGGUUGAGAUCGUGAGAAAGCGCGCUAAUAAGCAAUACUUGGCCAUCUCGCAUGUCUGGUCCGAUGGCUUAGGCAACACAGAGGGUAACAGUCUACCGAACUGCCAAUUAAAGCUCCUUUACGAGGAGGCAAGGCGUGUCCUCAAUGGCAGUGAAUAUGUGCCUCGCUAUGAGGGCGGCCCAUUCGGACCAUUACACACUGGCGCGGCUCGACUUGCCCAUUUCGCUGGGAGCCAAGUUCUGCGCAAAGAUGAUUCAGUACUGUUGUGGGUUGAUACCUUGUGCAUACCACAUCGGCCUGAUGUUCGGAGCCUGGCGAUUCAGCGCAUUCGUGAAGUAUACGUUGAUGCUUACCGGACGAUGAUCCUUGAUUCAGAAAUGAGGCAUGUGGACGCCAGCUCUAGGAGUCACCUAGAACUUCUCCUGAGGGUGCUGCACUGUUCGGGCUGGAUGCGCCGGUUAUGGACGCUUCAAGAAGGACUGGCCGCUAAGAGCCGGCUGUAUGUGCUGUUCUCUGACAAGGCAGUCAACAUUGCCACUAUCGCCGACGAGCUCCUGACCAAGGUUGACCGAGGAAAAAUGUCCAUCAUGCAGGAGAGGAUUGCCACCUUUGCCAUGGGUGUUUGGUUCGGCUUCUUUAAACAUACCAUUGACUUCACAUCCAAAUUCGAACGUUUCGUCAACUUGGUUGCUAGUCCUUUUGAGAAAAGUGAGAUUACCAAAGAUGACCUCAUCAUAUGGAAUUGGUUUAAUGUAGCCACGCGAGCCACCAGCAAGGCACGCGAUCGGCCAACCAUUCUAGCGGGCAUUCUCAAUCUCGACUUGAAGGAAAUUCUCGAGGUCAAGGGAUCCGAUGAACGGAUGCGGAAGUUCUACAGCCUGAUUGACGAUUUCCCACAAGGCGUGCUGUUCCAGCCCGGGCCACGGUUUGAAGAAUAUGGAAUGCGCUGGGCGAUGAAGGUGUGUCAAUAUACCGAAGAGAUCCGAUACCUCUCGGGCGCACCCGGAAAGAUUACACCUCGAGGACUUCAGAUCACAAUUUAUCCGUCGUGGCUAUUCCCAUCCCGCCUAGUGUUCGACCUCAGCCUCUUUGACCUUGACCCUAGCCAAGGGCAACUGGCUUGGGAGCAGUGGAUCAAAGAGCACAAUCUUGAAGAAGCCAGCAACCUGUCCAAUGUCUGUCUGCUCAAGACUAAAGACGCCGUCGUUUUCGAGCCAGAUGGGACUUACGGAAUUAUUGUGUAUGGGUCAGAAGGCUCUCGGCCUGGAUCAAGAAGAACGUGUGCAGUGGUGUCACUGCGCACGACGGAGGAUGCAGUCCAUUAUGGACAAUAUGAUGGCCUGGGGACAAUCGAGUCUAUCGGCAGCUUUGCAGAAUGGCCAGAGGGAGGGUAUCUCGUGCCAGUCACCUGGGAUGACCGGCAAGAACGUGAAUGGAUUGUUGGUUAA